AUGCCGCUGUUAGACCUACCCAUGGAGGUCUUCGAGGAAGUCAUAGCGGCGCUUGCAAAGAAGGUUGGCCAGCGGAAUGUAGUGCGCUAUCGAUUCAUCUGCAAAACGUUCGCAAGCACAAUCAAGGAUCACAUCAUCACAGUCAUUGCCUCCGAGAACCUCGCCCAGUCCCUGGAUCUUCCCUCCUCCGCUCGUCUUUUCGACACAUAUGGGAGUGAGAUCCUCUGCAAGGCUACCCUGCGACGCCAGACAACAGGGAAUCAGGUCACAGACUUCGUACGGAAGAUAGUCAAAGUGUCCCAACCAGAUCCUUCACUUUACCCUGAGCAGGUUGAUAUUGUGUGCACUAGCAUGAUGGCCCUGGAGCCAAAAUACCUGCGCGGUUACAUUAAGGGUACUGAGACUAUCAACAAAGAAGGACGCCCGUGUACACGUGCAGACAUGUGGCCCGCCAUCGCUGCCGCAUCGGGUGAUAUCGCGCUCUUCAAGAUGCCCAAACUCACACCGUUCCUGCUUCUUAAGCAAAGCCACGAUCUUUUGCCAAGUGCGCUCAAAGCAGCCAUCGCAGCGAACCAGCAUGCUAUGCUUGCAAAAAUUCUCAAGUAUCUCGUGGACAACGUCAAGGGGAAGAGCGAAUCCGCCUCAUGGAAGGACAAGCGUAAUGCUACCGAGAAGAUCAGCAAAGCGUUAUGUACAGCGAUACGUCUGCAUAAGAACGUCGCAGGGAACAUGUUGCUCGACUUCCGUGACGAGAACAACUUCUUCAACACAUACGCGCCCAUCGAACUGGGCGAUUGGCUUGUCACUGAUGCCUUCAAGUACGACAACGCCACUUUAUUGUACCGCGUCUUGGAGGUAAACAAACCUGGGAUUGUGGCGCGCGUCAAGAAAGGAACCCAAAAGCAUUACAACCUCGGCUUUCAAUCUAUCGAAACCCUAUACCGGAGAGGUGGGAUCAAGACCUGGAGUAUGCUACUUGAAGACGGCAUCGCGGAACCAAACAAAGUCUUCUUGGACAAGACCCCACUUCAGCAUGCCCUCAAGAGACGGCGAUACGACCUUGCACACAUUCUCAUCGAAAAAGGUGCAUCUAUUGACAGUAUCACAAAGGAAGGCAACAACAUUCUGUGGCAGGCCGUAAAUGAUGGUUACGCAAAAGAUGUUAAAUUCCUGCUCAGUCAUGGCGCGGACCUCAGAGUUGUUGGGAGGAACGGACACUCGGCAAUUUCGAUUGCGACAUUGCACGGAUAUGGCAAAUGUCGUUUCUUGCUUGAGAAGGUAAGAGAUCACGGAAAAGAGUAUCUCGAGCGCACCGAUCUAUGGGCGGUUUACGAAACUGAGGUGUUUGAUGACCGCUGGGGGUUUUAG